AUGGGAUACCAUACAUUGAGCUGCUUUAGCCAAACAUUUCAAGUAGCCGAGAAAUACGAGCUUGUUAAAGAGAUUGGACAAGGAGCAUAUGGCAUUGUUUGUGCAGCAGUCAAUACGCGAAAUGGAGAGAAAUGCGCAAUCAAGAAGGUCAACAAACUGUUUGAACGACCCAUAUUGACCAGACGAGCAUUGAGAGAGCUCAAACUGCUGGAGCAUUUCAAUGGACACAAGAAUAUUAUUGGCUUAUUGGAUAUGGAUAUCGUGGACUACUCAGACUUCAACGAAAUUUAUUUGUAUCAAGAACUAAUGGAAGCUGAUUUGCACCAAAUUAUUCGAUCCGGUCAGCCAUUGACAGAUGAGCACUAUCAGAGCUUCAUCUAUCAAGCAUGCUGUGGGCUCAAGUACAUUCACAGUGCCAACGUUCUACACCGCGAUUUAAAGCCAUGUAACCUGCUUGUCAAUACCAAAUGCGAGCUCAAGAUUUGCGACUUUGGAUUGGCUCGUGGCUAUGUAGAUGCAAAGAGUGGACAGGAAGGAGACGCUGGAUUCAUGACAGAGUAUGUGGCGACCCGAUAUUACAGAGCUCCUGAGAUCAUGUUGAGCUUUAGAAGUUACACAAAAGCAAGCAAGUAA